CUCCUGGCAUCAAGCAGUCUUCCCACCUUGGCCUCCCAAAGCGCUAGGAUUACAGGCAUGAGCCACCGUGUCUGGCCUCCAUGCACAUUUUUGAGCCACUGUUGAGAGUAAUUAGAUCUAGUUCAGGUGAGUAUGGCAAAAAAGGUCACUGUUCUGGGGCACUUUCAUUCUGCCACCAGUGACAAAGCUGUGGUGUUGGCUGAGGAGAAACAAAGCCAGAUGAGGGGUGGCUGGCCAUGCCUGGCCAGGGGUCUAUGACAUUUCCAAGGAGCAAUCGGGAGGCUCCUACUGCACUAUCUUCAGAGUAGGAACAUGAGACAAAGCCCCAAAUCACUUGGCCUGGAUGCUUCAAAAUGGCCUUCAAAAAUGGUCAAUUUUAAAAGAAAAACAAAUUCUAAGCCAAGAAACAGACCUGUGUUUAUAGUUUAGGCUCAAUACCUUGGAAACAGUCAGCAGUGAGAACUGGAGCUGACAUUGGGAUUUGGCAUUCUUUCUCUUGUUUGCUGUAUUUUAUGUUAAGGAGGUGCAGUUGGUUAAAUAUGCCCUGCUGCACUAUGCAUGCCCUCUUGUGUGGCAGCAUCCAGGCAAAGUGAUUUGGCAUCAGCUGGCCUCCUGCAGCCAUGUAGAGGGGCUCAGGUGUUCGUGGGUGGUGGCCCCAAGUGAGUGAACAGUGCUUGUCCUAGAGUCUAGAGCCCCCUCUGCUCUUGGAAAGAACCAGGUCCUCAGGCCCCUUCCGUCUCCCAGUCCUGGAGGUUCAGCCUGGGGCUGCAGGGCCGCCUGCCAGGAGCAGGUGCUGAUGCCAACUGGCUGGCUUUUAGAGAGAUGUCUCUUUUCCUCCUUCAGCACAGAAAGGCCUGGUCUGUACUCAAGGGUAGGGUCAUGAGAGUCAUAAAGCAGACAGGUGAAAGUAAUGGCCUCAUGAGAACAGAUCUUGCCUGGCCAGGAAACGGAGGCACCCCUGAGAUUUCCAAGAGCUGCAAUGUCAGAAGGUAGUGCGGUGAUGGGACGAUGGAAUGCAGGUGCUGGAUGCCUUUGGGCAAAAAUCCAGUUUGCAGACUUGUCCCCGUGAGGUGUUCUGUUUUUCAUUUGUGCACCUAUUGUUGCCAGUCUUGCUAAUUUUUCUACAUCGGAUCAUCAUAACAGGUUUUUCUUCUUUCCUCUCUUUCUGUUUGCCUCUAGAGUGAGGUCCAAGGAGGUGGGAAGGAAAGGACCCUUACAAAUGCUGAGUUGGCCAGGAUGGGACUAGUUGAGCCUGCUGAACCUCCCUCAUGUACUGUUGGAAGGGUCUUUGAAAAUGGAAAAGCAUGAAUUUAAGGAAAUUGAGAGACUUACUGAGCGACUAGAAGAAAAAGAGAGGGAGAUGCAGCAGCUGUUGAGCCAGCCACAGCAUGAGCGAGAGAAGGAAGUCAUCCUGCUGCGGAGGAGCGUGGCAGAGGAGGAACGGGCCCGGGCUGCCAGUGACGUUCUGUGCCACUCCUUGGCCAAGGAGACCCACCAGCUGCGGAGGACACUGGCUGCCACUGCCCACAUGUGCCAGCAUCUAGCCAAGUGUCUAGGUGAACGACAGCAUGCACAAGGGGAUGUAGAGGAGAAGAGUCCCGACAAGCCAGAGCAUACAGGCAGGGACGCCUCUGUCCAGAAUAUUAUUGAGGAGUUACAGGAAGAAAAUCGACUGUUAAAACAGAAGGUGACUCACGUGGAAGACCUCAAUGCCAAGUGGCAGCGCUACGAUGCCAGCAGGGACGAGUACGUGAGGGGGAUCCAUGCGCAGCUGAGGGAACUGCAGGCCCCCCACGAGCCUGAGCUGAUGAGGAAGGAGAUCUCCCGGCUUAACAGACAGUUGGAGGAGAAAAUAAACGACUGUGCAGAAGUCAAGCGGGAGCUGGCAGCCGUGAGGACGGCCCGGGACGCUGCCCUGGAGCGGGCGCAUUUGCUGGAACAGCAGAUUCUUGCUUACAAGGAUGACUUCAUGUCAGAGAGGGCAGAUCGGGAACGGGCUCAAAGUAGGAUUCAAGAGCUAGAGGAGAAGGUCACCUCUUUGCUGCACCAGGUGUCCCGGAGACAGGACGUCCGAGAGCCAGACCCCUGCUGGAUUCAAACUGGAAGCAAAACUGCCAAGUACUUGGAAACUGAUGCAUUGGAGCUUGUGGUGCCUGGCGGCUGCAGGCCAGGGCCUGGGUCCCAGCAGCUGGAACUGGAACCCCCUGCAGAAGGCGGACACCCCAGCACAGCCCAGAGAGGCCAGGGAGACCUUCAGUGCCCUCACUGCCUGCGGUGCUUCAGUGAUGAGCAAGGCGAAGAGCUCCUCAGGCAUGUGGCCGAGUGCUGCCAGUGAGCCAGGACUUCCCUGUGCCCUUGUGGGCCUCUGCCUAAUGCAGCCUCCCUCGGGGACAGGGUGGGUGCUUGCUCUCAGACACGAUGGGUUGAGCUCUGCUGAGAUCAAGGCCCCUAGAAUGGGCACUCUGGUUGUUCACCUUGGUCCCCCUUUGGCUGUGGAACAGGCUGGGUCAGAGGAAGCUGCCAGCAGGGCUGGGGGUGGAGGCAGAGACGACGGGGUCAGGAGCAUCAGGCAAGGGAAGCCCAGUCUCAUCUCUCUGUCAUGCUGAAACCAGAGCAGUCUGCUGCUAGUGUGCAUCCUGCCAGCCCCACCUCAGCCUGCACUUGGAGAUGCCACAGCUUGCCAGAAAGGGGUGGCUGCCUGUGGGAGCCACAUGUGCAGUCCCCAGGGUAGAAUUUCCUUCUCUUGUUGUCCCCCACCCCUGCCUUGUAUCGGGAGGUUUGCAGAACAGAAUACUGUAGCUGCACAUCCCACUAGGGGGCCCAUCCCCAGCCAUGGCAGCCACGUCUGCAUUGAAACUGAAAUUGAAAGACUGUUCAUUGCAAUAGCAUUUAUCAUGUAUCCAGAAGUUAAAACACACUUAUUUUAUAUUCAUCUAUUUUUAUAAUAAAUGUACUUGCUACUGUGA